UCGUGAACAUGCAACCUUUCAAAAAUCGAGCUGAGACUUUUAUUGCACUAUUUAUUCUAAUCGCUCUUGGUGUAUUGUCUGCGUACCUGGCAGUGUUUUUAGCGUUUUUGGGUGUGUGUGCGUACCUGUACUUGGAGUACGAAGCUAACAACCUAGGUUUCCAUGUGGAGGUACUGAAGUCAGCGAUUUUGAGUACAUCAAUUUGGUUGCAGUCAACAAUGUCUUCAUUUGUUAGGAAUCUUCAACAGCGAUCAGGGUUGGUGAGUGAUGAACCGAAAAGUGAAAUCCGUAGUAUUUCGCGGGCAGAUUCACCAGUGACUUCAAGGCUGAGGCGUGUGUCGAUCGCAACGAAUGGAAGCCGUUACUCAAGAAACAGUGAUUUAAACAUUAGCCGUAGUGUUUCCAGCCCAACGAGAUAUCGUCUCUCCCCUGCGAAUCGAAGUGUAUUGGACGUGUGUAAUAGAAGUGACAGCAGGUCGCCGCAGAAACAGUCAUACAAUGAAGCUAUGGGUUAUGCCUACAAGUCAUCACCGUGGAACAGAAAUGCCCAUUCUCCCCUUUCCGAGAAGGCUAGGUCGCCCAAAAACACUAGUGUGAGAACAGUUCAGAAUGUGGGUGGACCUCUCCUGGCGUCUCCUCGUUCUAAUACAAACAAGACUUUCGAUCUCAGACUCUACGCGGAUGUCAACAGCCCGGGCCUGGCCGAGCGGUCCGUGUACUACUCCCGAACGGGCGGGGCCAGUCCCGGCACGUCGCCGGACGAGAAUCGGCGCCCACUGUCACCGCCAGCCGUGACGCACCAGCCGCAGUACCGCACCGUCGGACAGUUCCCCCUGGUCCGGCUGGGCCAGAAGGGCGCCGCCACGGCCUCCCUGCCACUGCUGACGGCCGCCGUCUCUCCCAAGGCACCGCGGGCGCACUCCGUCAGCACGAAUGUGAAGCCAGUUCUGGUGGAGGGUCCGGCCCCAGCCCCCCUGACGCCGGCAGCCGGGAAGGCGCUCUCUGCGAGGGUGGCCGGGGUGUCUUCCCCGGGGUUGUCCGGUGUCGACAGGGCCGACCCCCACGACAUAUCUGCCAAGUCUGUCAUCGAAGCUCUCAAGGAAAUAUCGCGCAAGAGGAUUCGCUCCCAGUGUCUGACACCGAACGAAGUUCCAGACGACGAGUCGGCCAAACGCCAGCGUAGAAAUGUGUCCUCGGACUCUGGUCGUGCAGACGAUUCAGAGGUUGCGGAGAGCUCUGCUGGCCUUCUCUCCCCUUCGACAUACCAGACGAAACGCGGUCGUAGUGACUCGUUCAACGGCAGCGGCGAAAGUGGCAGUACGCCACGGGGUGCGGCGAGCGACGAGACGACCGGCACGCGGUCGCGAGUCAAGCGCCUGUGCAGCAACGAGAUCCUCAGCUCGCUCAGCUCCAGCCGUUGCCUGCUGGUGCUCGCUGCCAACAACAAGAGGAAGUUCACCGUCUCCCCAGACGGGAGUCCGCGUAGUGGCACACCUGUCCCGGUGCAGACUGGCAAACACUUCAAGUCUGGAUCCAGCCCGGACACAGAGGAGCAGAACGGCCGGGAAGAGGACAUGGUACAGGCAGAGGAAACGCCAGUUCGGAGGAGGUCGGCCGAGACUGCGGUAGAGGACGCCCCCGCGAGUGCACCACCCGCCCGCGCUCUGACACCUGCGCGGGACACGGGGGUCUCCGCUGCCGACGGCGAGGACGUGACGCCGGAGCACUGGAAGAGGCCGAAGGAUGCGGACCGGGACGCCGCCCUCCCCCACCGGGCGACACCUCACCCUGCGCGCAAGCUGGUAGGCACGCGCGACCUCGCAGAGCAGCGGCGUGCCGACAGGUCGGCCCUCGUGGGACUCCUCACUGUCAUCGGCAAGGGAGAAUCGCCGUUCCGUGACGGGGACCGCCUGCAGCCUGCGGCAUCCCCGCCAACUUCCCGGCGACAGAAACACGUGAGCUUCGCAGACGCCCAAAAGCCGGGAGACCUGGCACGCGCAGACACGGCGCCCGUCAUGGAGUCGCAACAGGCACCUUGUGUUGGCACUCCCACCACCGCCUCCUCUCCGGACUCUCCCGGGCAGGGCGGCAUGACGGGGACGGGCACGACCAACACGCCGCCCACCGUGAGCCGCAACACGCAGAAGGCGCAGGCCUUCACGUUGAAGUCGUCACCCGCAGGCUCGGUCAUGUCGUCAUCUGCCGCGCCGUCGGGGAGGAGCCCCAGCCCCUUCACUGUGAGUGCUGGCCAGUUGCCUGCCUCCUCCGCAGGCUCCGACAGUAGCUCCGGCAAUCCGACUGUGGCGGCAGCAUCGGUAUCGCCAUUUACGGCACGAACGGUCGCGGCCUCCACUCCGAUGGCACCGUCCGGUGCGACGGUGACGACGGCCUCUGGGGCUCUUUCCCGUUCGGUCCCAGAGACUCGGCCGACGACCGCGACCCCCGAAGCGGGUGGGACGCCGACGGGAGCUCGAUCGACUCCCAGAGACGCCGCUUCGCAGCCCCAGGUGCACAUGAGCACUGCCACGUCUACUGCUUUCUCGUUCGGAUCUCCGAAAAUGUCGACAGUGGCGACAGUAUCUGCCACGCCGGUGACCGCCGCCGGCAUACCGGCGUCGCAGUCUGCCGGCGAGUUCCGGUUCGGAGCCGGAUCGGUGACGACGACGACGCCGAGUGCCGGAGGUUUCAGUUUCACGCUACCUGCCUCGACUGCCGCUUCCACGACUUCGCCGGCAAAGGGAGCCUUCCAAUUUGGGCAGAAUGCGACAUCCGCUGUGGCCACGGCAAAACCGGGAGGUUUCCAGUUUGCACCAGGCGCGGCAGACAAGGUCGGUCGGCAGGCGGCGACAUCGGGACCUGGAGCUACGGCAAGUCAGCCUUCGAUUUUCAGCUCUAGUGCCUCAUACUCGAAAGCGACUACUACAGAGACGGCAGCAUCUCCAUUUGCUGCAGCGGCCUUGUCACAGAGUCAGACUUCUCUGACAAGCCCCGCACCUACUCCGUCGUUUGGAUCCGCCCCGCAGAAAGGGAUUUUCGGAGCCACUCCGACUACGACUGUGGCGACCGCACAGCAGUCUAUAUUCGGGGGUGCCGUGGCACCGGUAUUCGGAGCGGGUAACGCCACCUCCUCGCAGGCACCGAAGUUCGGUUCGACAGCUGCGACUACUCAGUCUUCGGUGUUCGGAACUUCAGUUUUUGGCUCUACGACGCAGAACCAGUCACAGACGCCAUCUGGCACAAGUAAUGGUUCUCAGGUUUCGACAUUUGGAUCUGGCACUACGGCUGCUACUCCGACCUUCGGAUCUGGCACUACGGCUGCCACUCCGACUUUCGGAUCUGGCACUACGGCUGCCACUCCGACCUUCGGUUCUGGCAGUACGUCAGCUACUCCGGCCUUCGGAUCUACCGGUACGGCAGCUACUCCGGCCUUCGGAUCUACCACUACAGCUGCUACCCCGGCUUUUGGAUCUGGCACUACAGCUCCUGCUCUAACUUUUGGAUCUGGCACUACUACUCAGGCACCGGCCUUUGGAGGUGGUACGACAUCUCAGACCCCAGCUUUUGGAUCUGCAGCAACAUCUCAGACCCCGGCCUUUGGAUCUGGUACAUCCACCCAGGCCCCAGUCUUCGGAGCAGGUACAUCUCAGGGCUCAGCCUUUGGAUCCGGUGCAACAUCUCAGGCUCCGACGUUCGGAGCUGGUACAUCGUCUCAGACACCGGCCUUCGGAGCCGGUACAUCGUCUCAGACCCCAACCUUCGGAUCUGCUACGACGACACAGACACCAACUUUCGGUGCAAUUCCUACAAGUCAGGCACCCGCUUUUGGGUCUGCCACCACAAAUCAGCUGCCAGCAUUCGGCUCGAGCUCUCAGAAUCGGCCAGCAGUAUUCGGAUCGGUCACCACGAGCCAGGCACCGGCUUUCGGAACUGGGCAGACACCUGCGAUCGGUGCCGGCAGUUCUGGUCAAAUAGCUGCACCCGGUUCCAGCAGUCAGUUGGCAGCAUUCGGAGCCAGUGGAACUGGUCAGACGCCUGCCUUCGGAUCUAGCUCCGGACAGACUCCCACUUUCGGCUCCAACACCGGACAAGUGCCGACAUUCGGAUCCGGUUCGUCCGGAAGCACUCCCGCAUUCGGUUCUGCAAAUCGGGUGACUGUCUUCGGGUCUGGCGCCACACCGUCUUUCGGAGGAGCGAGCUCUGCGGCUGCUACCACCCAGAGUUCUGUGUUCGGGACAGCCACGCCUACUUUUGGCACCAGUGGAGCCAACCGGCCACCUUUUGGCACAGCUUCACCUUUCGGCUCCUCACUUGGCACAACUCCGGGUUUCGGGAGCACGUCGACGAGCCAGACACCGGCAUUCGGAUCGCCGUUUGUAGGAUCAGGGGAUGCAAAACCGGCAUUCGGCUCUACUGCCCAGGCCAGCGCGGCAGUGACGACGGCCGGCCAGCAGGGGGUGUUCGCGUUCGGCGCGGCGAGCCCCGUGACCACGACGGCGGCGGCUGGCGCCGUGCCCUUCCAAUUCGGGGCUACGGGGCAGAGUUCCUCUGCGGCUGCCCCGAAGCCCGGAGGCUUCCAGUUCGGGCAGUCCACCGACGCGAGCCCCGCGGCUUUCCCGUUUGCGGCACCCGCGGGCCAGGCGUCUACGCCGAAGGGGGCAUUCCAGUUUAAUGCGGCCGGCCAGACGCCCGGAGGCAGUGUGCCGAACGUCUUCGGCCAAAGUACGCCCGGCUCAGUGGGGAUGUUCAGCAUCGGCUCCGGAUCCACGGCGCCGAGGUCCAGGACGUCACGUAUGCGCAACAAGAACCGGUGAUUUUCAGCGUCUGAACACGCACUCGGUAAAAUCAGAUGAAGACGAUGGUUAUCUGGGUGGAGUUCUGACAGUACGGAGAAAUGGCAGCAACUUUUCCUGUUCACCGGAUGGCACUAUGUCCUGGUUUGCAAAAUCGAAUACUGUGCACGAGUACGAUUUCUGGUGUACACGGCAGUACGCAUCACGUCAUUUUGCGGCCAAAUUAUGCUUGUAGCUUUUUCACCCACCGUGGUUUUGUAAAGUCUCUGUUGUGUUGUUAAUAAGAAAAAGAACAACAAUAAUCUCUGGAGUAAGAAAAAGAACAAUAAUAAUACGUGGAGGUGACAAAGGACAUGUUCCAGUGUGUGCCAGUUUUCUCUUUCAUUUGUUAAUUCCACUACUCUAUUGUAUAUGACAGGCAGUGUCAUACCUUAUUUUCUGAGCAGGACCGUAGUUUUGAGAUGGAGACGCAGAUUCUGAAAACUGCUUAUGCAUACAGAACUGGCAUUAUAAGUUACUUAUGACACACACUGAGCUAUAAUUUCAUUGUACAGUAGUGCUGAGAUAUUUCUUAAUCUGUAUUCAGUUGAUAUACUGGGUAGACAGCUACUGUAUCAGCAUAAUGCUACAGGUUUAUAUUCCAUUUGUGUGUGUGUGUGUGUGUGUGUGUGUGUGUGUGAAGCAAUCGGCGACCUCUUCUGUCGGAGGAAACGUGUUCUUUGCAAGCGUAUUCUUUUCUCGAGCAAUUUUAGAGGAAGUGAGUGCUUUCUGGAAGCAGACACUAAGUAUCAGACUGUGUUAACGUUUUCUGUUAAAUUUCCGACGAGCUGAUGUGGUUUCGGGAACAGUAUUCCUGUAUCAAACUUUGGCCUUUCAGAAACGAUCGUGAGAUCUGUUUCCUGGAGCUCACCCUUUUUGACAGUUUCAGCACUCUGCCUAAGGGCCUGCCAAAUAAAUUGAACCCCUCAGAAAGGUUCACCGAUCAAAAUGUGAGAUACUGUCGGCAAUGUACUGCAGUUUUUACCCAAACUUUGGUUCGGCAUACGACGUACAUUUCCCGGCAGUCACUAAUAUCCUGGGAAAUAUACCAGGUGUUUUUCACGAGAGUCAUCAGAUGCAGUUUCUCCAGUGUUUCUGUAGAAAUUUACAAUUUCAUUUUUGCUUUGCGCAGCUGGAGUUAGCCCGAACAAUUGCUGCUUGUCACGUCUUUCAGACUCCUACGGGUCGUGACAAGUUGUAUGUCGUUUUCUCUCACCUCAAUAUAAUUCAUUCAAAAGUGAACUGUGAGAAAUGCUACAGUUACAGGUGUACAAAAAUUGUAAGCUAGUAGUGGGAAGAUUUUACAGUUAGGACUGCGGUUACGGAGGGAGGUGACGACGAAACACAAUUUGAUACCACUAGUGACACGUUUUUAAUCAUCUUUGUAAUAUAUUUAGUCAUCCAGCAGUUUUGUCUUGUCUGUCAAAUGCAUAUCCCACAUCUUGUCACCUUCGCAUCACUUUGUUGCAUGCCAGAGAACAGAAACUCCCAUAGAACAUGAUUUCUUUUACACCAGGAGCACGCCGAUUGUUUGCACUUCUCCUCUGACAGAUCAAAAGGAUGAGAGAGAGAGAGAGAGAGAGAGAGAGAGAGAGAGAGAGAGAGUAGAUUUUCAACUGUACCACAAAGUCACUCUCAUUACACAAAAGUAUAAACAAUUACAGCUGUAUUUGCAAUUGAUUAGCAACUGAGAGUAAGUUCAGCAAACACAGGCAUUUGCCUGCAGGGAAACAGUGACCUUUAGAAAUUGGAAUUGUAGAGCUGUCACAUGUAAUGUUUUCCUUAUUUUAGAGGUUUCACUCGACCGCCACAAGCAUCUUCAGAAAUUAUGUGGCCGAGGGCCUUUCGUUACAAAUAUGGGACUGCGUGUAACUCUCGGCUACGUAAUUUCUGAAGAUGAUCGCUUUGGUCGUGUUGGUCGUGUAAAAUAAGGUAAAAGUUACAUGUGACUUGGGGUGGCACUACUGUUUUAAUGGGAGUAAGUGUUGACACUGUGUCUCAGAAAAGCUAAACAGAAGUACUUCCUUCGUCCUUUGUAUCGAAUUGAAAAAAGAAAUGAAAGGGUACCGAUUAUCUACACACGAAAUGAGAAGCUACAGACACGUGGCAUCUGCGCAAGCUGCAAGUCUCCUGCUGAUGCCUGAGAGUACAUUCCUCAACUAAUUGUUCUCGUGCGUAGUCUGUUUCAGGAUUCAAAAACUUAUGAAAUUAUAUCAAAUGGAAAAUUCACAUGAGAAAAUUAUAAGAACACAGACAGAAUUGCAGGUCAGUGCUUAGCACAUUGAGGCAAAAAUAGUGUGCUGCCAAUAGUCACGAAACAAAAUUACACACACUAUACUAAUUUUCAAAGCUAAUCUGCCUUUCCUCCCUGAGGAAGGAACAAAUAGUUUUGAAAGAGAGGAUGGUGUCCAACUUUACUUAUAUGUGUGUGUGUUUUGGCAUUACUAAACAUUUUGCCUCCUGCGAAGGACAGUACGUGUCUUAUUAUUUGAAAGACUAGCUAAUGUCUGUCAUAAAAAGGAGCAAAGCUUUCUUUUUGUGGUACAUCUUUUAUUUUUUAUUUGUUUCUAUUUCAUUUUGUUGGUGUGCUGUUUCAUUCCUUUGCUGUACAUAUUUACACUUGGGGCUAGCGCCCAACGUGUUCUACAGCAGUGUUUCCUGUGAAACUCAUUACUAUAAGCUAUGAAAUCCACAUCUCAUCUGUUACAUUGGAACAUUCACAUUUCAUUCCUUGUAUAUUUUGUGUUUGCAUUUAAUGUAUUGUCUGCUCCUUUCUAUCCUUCCUCCCAACUUUCUCCCAUCCGAAAAUGCAGUCUUUGAGUUUUAAAAAUAUGUAAUUCACUGGUCCGUAGUAAGCUUUGCUGUCAAACCUACCACAGUUCAGUAUUGGGAGUGGUCUGUUUGCCUGUCAUAAUCCUAGUUGGACAAUUUUAGAUUGGUUGUAUUAGACAUUGGGGUUGUGGGAAAACUCUUUCUGCUGACUGCUCUUUCUCAAGUGUGUAUGGCAAAUGUGUUUUCGUAAGUGAAUUAUCUGGUGUACCAAUUUCACACAAAGUGUAGUUAUUAUAUGUAUCCAAAGAUGGUCAGCACAACAUGCUUAUAUCUGUAAAUAUAUAAUUAAAUAUUUUGUCUCACUGUAUUUCUCACAUGUAAAUAUGUUGUUUAUUGGAGAGAAUAUAUAUAUUUAGUAGCUGUAUUGAGAAUUUCUUUAGGGGCAUGACAUAUAUAGAUUAAAAAUACAAACUAGAGCACUUUUUUCAGAUUAUUGGAAAAAGCGUUACGUACAUUUUAUAAAUGUGAUUAUGCCUAAAAUUGAUGGAAAUUGAGGCAUAAAAUUAUGUUGCUGCAAAGGCAGUAAGGCAUUUAUUUUCAAAAUGUCAUUUAAUUUAAUAAGCGUGCGAUAAAGUACACGAUAAUGAUUUUGUACGAGGCUUCCCAGUGCUCGGCAAGAGUUGCAUCGAGUUGGGAUAAGUCGCCAUUUGAUAAAUGCUUCUGGAGGUUGCCGUGCAGGUUUUCUGUUUCACUGUUGUGACACGUGAAAGUACUAAAUGAACUGCAGUUUUUCGACAGGAUAUCUUUAAGCUAGUUACUCCCGUAAACACCAAUAAUCUUACCAGGACAUUUUCGGUGUUCAUUGCUGAUGUGCUAUUAAGGUUCACAGAUAGCAUUAUAUGUUCUGGAAAGUAGGUCACAUUUUGCACUAUAAUGAAGUAAACCAGUCCUAAACUAGUGAACAAUUUGUUUAUCGGGAGGCCCAUAUCGAUAAGUGUUAGGAACAUAUUGUGAACGUACAAGGAAGUGUCGUCGAGUGUGCGAAGUGGCAGGCGUCUCACCCUACAGGAGCAUUUAUUUUAAAUGUGAGUUUUGUAUGUCAGAAUGUUUGAACGUGAUGAAAUAUGUUCAUGCUCUUAAAUGUCUGUAUACAAAUAAAAGUCGUUUAUGCAUUAAGAAAAAUUCUCAUUGAGAAGCAGUUUGUUUUGGGAAAACUCAUUUCAAUUUCAUAAUUUUCUGCCCAGUGCAACUUAAUUGUAAUGGAAUAUGAAUAUUUAUCACAAGAAAUUUGUCACGGAAUAUGUGUGAUACAAUUUUGAUAAUAUCGUUUGUGGGAGAGGUGUCAAAUUUUACUCUUACAUAGUGGCAGAACCUUUUGAAAGAUAUGGAUUCCGGUUUACCAAAACAAUCUGUUUAUUUUCUCAGUUAUUCACACAUAUAUAGAACAAGUGGCAAAAUGUGUAUUGGUAGUUUUGCUGUAAUGCACAUUUUGUCACAGUGCACGUCUGCAUUAAAUUUGCCUGACAUUAUGUGCACAUUUAAGUGAUAUUUAUUACAUUCUGAGCGUAUGAAGCUUUCAGACAAUACUGGAUACUACGUAGAAAAGAGUGCCGCACUUCUUCUGUUUAUGGGAGUAUAUCUCGAAGUAUUAUGUAAAUUUUUACACAAACGAUUUCUGAAGUGUGUGAGUUUUUGGCAAACAUUUUUUUACCGAGCAAAUUCUCAAAAUUAUGUGCGUCACAUAGGUACUGGGAAUCUGCCUAGUCAACGGUUUGAUAUUAUAAAACUUGAAAGCUUCAUUUGCCUCAGUAAAUUGGCUUCUUAAUUAGAUUGUCUGGUGCAGUAUUUAAUUGGCACCAGUAAGCAACAUUUUCUAUUUGGUGUGCGGGUGUACUUUGGCCUAUGUACGAAUUAACUGUAUACACACACUUGCAGUGCCCUUAUGCCUCAGUAUGUGUCACAUAACCUUCUGGCACAAAAACUAUGUAUCUGAUACAAUUCAUUCCCUGUAAUGUUGUCAGGGUAAGGAAAUGGUCAUAACUUGUCUAAAGAAUGGAGAGUUUAAAUACAUGGUUUGCUGUUUAUUUUCCAUCAUACCACUAGGGGCAUCCAAAAAUUGAAUAGAUGCUAUAAUAAAUGGGUAGAUUCUUCGGGCAAAUUCCCUUCGAUCCAGCACGGAGAAUGGAAGAGUGUUCCAAUAUUUUACAGAGACUAGUCAUAAUGCCUUAGGGAUGCAAAGUACCUGUCUUCUAAACAGUUUCGUUUUUAAUUGUAAAUCUCAACCUUGGGUCAAAAGAUUGUGUGACCUGAUGCUGAAAUAUGUAAUAAAACAGCCAGUACUUUAAUGCUGCAUUGUAGUAGUGGAGAUAAUUUAACGUUUAGGGUAGAUACUUGUGCAAUUUGAGGCACAUUCUGCGACAUCGGUGAUAACUUUCGUGCGUACUGUUAUUACUUAAUUUUUGCCGUAUAUUUUCCUGUUUCAUCAUCAGUUUCUUGUAUUUAUCUACCCACCUUGUCAGCAUGUUUACUUCUUUUGUACAAUUAAGUCUGCCUCGACACUGGAGAUAGAUAGGAGUUUUGUGUCCUAUACACUGACUGUUCCACCCAAAUGUGAUACACAGAUGUCUUUAAUUGUCUGUAUUGUUGUUUUGAUCUCACUGUCGCUCCAAGAGCCACCUUGUGUUGUCACAGUUUGUAGCAGUCAUUUGUACAGUUUUCCCUUUCUUUUGGAACUCGAACUGUGUUCUUGUAACUUGUGCAAUCUAUGCUGAUUUUUUUUCUUUUUACGGUACACUCAGUUUUUCUUUCCUAAUUGAGCUCAUUGUUUUUUGGAUUGUAGUUCUGAUGCUCGCAUUUUACUUUUGCUUCUUUUCAAAAAGAACUGUUAACUACCACAAAACUGUGGAGUGAACUGAGUAAGUAGCAAAUAUGCAGAAGAAAUUUGUAAUGUUUCAAACCAGGAAGGUUUGCUCCCCGAAAAUCAAUAUGGCCAUUUUUAGAUGUCAAAAUUGUUUUUCUUGAAAUUGAUGCUUUAUUCCUCAGGCAGGUGAAAGGCGAAAUAUGUGUUAAGCCACACCCCAUUCCUACCAGGAUCUGUUCUUGUUCGAUGAGCUUUCCAGGUAUUUUAGUCCGUUUUGUCCAGUUAUAUUUUUAUCCACAGUUCUCCUCACCUGAUGCUCUAGCUUCAGCACGACGUGUGAAAAGCUGUAGCUUCCGAAUAUGCAGGCUGCCUAAAGAAUAGUCUCGACGUGCAGCCGAAAAUACUCUGGAGCGUUUCUUCUUAUUGUAAGUAUCGUGUAGCAGUUAUGUCACAAUAGUGUGACUGUCGGAUUUGACAAGAAAGUAACGUAGAACUGGCGUUCCCCUCUCUGCCGUAAAGUGAUUUGUGUAGCUGUAACUGGAGUCUGAGCUGCUUGCAAAAAAUUUAGUUUUGCCAUGGUGAAACUUCUACAUUUGUCUCUUCUGUUACAAACUGUUAGGCUCCAUAAACUUGUGCGUGCACUGUUACUAUUAAGUGUAGAUCAGUGUAAGGUGUUCUGGCAGGAUAGGCCAGGGAUUUUUCACAGGGAAUUUAAUACCAUUUUAUUUCACAAUUUGUUUCCGUAGUUCGUAAGGAAAAAAGAAAUUACAGUUAACUUACAGAACAGAGAAUCACCACCACUUCUUGUUGCUCCCAGACAGCUAACACCAUCACUGUUUAAGAUUUAUACUCUACUCCUUGCCUAAGAGUCGAGUUGUUCUUGUGUGACAUUCCCACAUGUUAAACAGUACAGUGAAGAAGUAACACGUGCUCCACCACUUUCAAAUAUCUCUGAAACUGAUGGAAUAUGGAAAUUUUAAAUUUAAUUGGGCUUCAGCAGCCGUGUCAAAGUUUUUCGAGCAAUUGUGUGGUGUUUAUAAGUAAAAUAAUGUGACUCUCUAGAUGCAGCCUGGUGUUAUUUUUUGACAAGAUUUCAGUUUUGUUAUCUGCAAUGUCAUUGAAGACAGUACGUUGCUAGAGUUGUAGCACACAGUAAAGCAGUUUGAUUACACGUUUAUUUUGAGAAAAACAAAGUCUCUUGUGAGGAGUCAUACCAGUGUUAGCUACAGUAUACUGAAAUGGUAUUUUAGGCUCUGUUCUUUUAUUUAGACAAACUGGUCACAAUUCACCCAUCCCCACUCUCACCCCUUCCGUCCUCCAAAAUGGUGGUCUUUUACAUUACCUAUCUUCGGAAAAUUUGCUUCGUAGGUCCGUAGCUUGUAAAGCAUUUUUGUGGAAAUAGUUGUUCCACAGAUACACUUCAUUUUAUUGUUAUUAAUCUCUCUGCCAACACACACACUGAAACUAAACCACAGAAAGACAGUGUGUGAUUUUAAGCAUUUCCAAUUUAAGAUUAUUUUGAACUCCUCUCAGGUAUUCGGCAGGGUGGCGGCAUCCACAUUUUGCCGUACGUCGGCAUCCCCGGUAACUGGGCUGGGACUUCCCGGGGUCGGCGGUGUCGACUUGCCGAAAUAUCGCACAGUGUAGACGACGCUUCCCUUCGGAAUACGCGAGAGCUGUUCGGAAUAACCGGAGUAGGCAGGUGACACUGUUGUCACAGACGCACACCUCUAGAGCGGAAGUAGUGGCAGGGGCGGUCGGUAGAGGCUCCACAUACGUCAGUCUGUCUCCAUUCUUAAGGCGAGUGCAGGCCAGUGUACAUGUUGACGUUGUUUUAAUGUGUUCUGUAUACGCACUGUGGCACAGUGUUCAUUUUGGGCAGUGUAUGUGUUAUGUGCAAUAAUUCAGCUUUUACACUUGCCCCGAAGAAUUGAGUUUCGAGUUUUUAGGGGGAGGUCCCUCUGUCGGAGAAUCCAGAAGCUUUAAGACAAAAAAGUCAUAAGUGUUAGAAAUUUGCCAGAUGUACAAUUAUUUUAAAGGAAAAAAGUUUGUUUUACUUUUUUUAAAACAAUCUUAUGUAUGUGAAUUUUGUUUUUUUGGAUAAAAAGCUCCUUCAUAUUUUACACAGAUCAGAUGAAAUUGUUAGAUUUAAAGUUUUAUACAAACAUUUUGUGAUAGUCUGUUUCACUGAUAAGUACAGUGUGAUGUUUUUUAUGCUACAGCUCAGCUGACUCUUCUGAAUUCAGUGUAAUACUGUUACGUUCCUACACUAUUUUCUAAUUCUGUAUAAGUAAUAAGUAACAGUGUCUGGAUUAUUGUAAAGAAAAAAUAAUAAAUGUGAAAUA